AUGCUGGCAUAUGGUCAAUCGGGAGAUACAUAUGACGAAUAUCUCCGACUUGGUGACAGUACAUCACGUUUAUGUUUAGAAAAUUUCACUAAUGCAAUAAUUCAUUUGUUUGGAGAUGAGUAUCUACGAAGCCCUACACCUGAAGAUCUUCAACGAUUACUCGAUGUCGGAGAGGUACGCGGGUUUCCAGGGAUGAUAGGCAGCAUCGAUUGUAUGCAUUGGGAGUGGAAAAACUGCCCAACAGCUUGGAAAGGUCAGUACACACGUGGUUCAGGAAAGCCGACAAUUGUCUUAGAAGCCGUGGCAUCACAAGAUACGAUCAAGAUAGGAAAGAUUAUGAGAACUUGUGUCAUAUUGCACAAUAUGAUAGUAGAGAACGAACGACACGGAUACGAUCAAAUUGAUACAUCUGAGUUCGAGUCAGGAGAGUCAAGCAGAAGUUCGAGGGUGCAAUGGAGAGAAAGUAUUCAUGUCGGUGAUAUGUUAGGUAUUCGCAGAGAAGUUCGAGAUAAAGAGAAGCAUGAUCGUUUGAAAGCUGAUUUAAUGGAAAAUAUAUGGCAAAAGUUUGGUAAUGAAUAUUAA